AUGGGAGUAACAAAAAAACCUGACUUGAAUGAUCCUGUAUUAAGAGCUAAAUUGGCUAAAGGUAUGGGUCAUAAUUAUUAUGGGGAACCCGCAUGGCCCAAUGAUCUUUUAUAUAUUUUUCCAGUAGUAAUUCUCGGUACUAUUGCCUGUAACGUAGGCUUAGCGGUUUUAGAGCCAUCAAUGAUUGGUGAACCCGCAGAUCCAUUUGCAACUCCUUUGGAAAUAUUACCUGAAUGGUAUUUCUUUCCCGUAUUUCAAAUACUUCGUACAGUACCCAACAAAUUAUUGGGUGUUCUUUUAAUGGUUUCAGUACCCGCGGGAUUAUUAACAGUACCUUUUUUGGAAAAUGUUAAUAAAUUCCAAAAUCCAUUUCGUCGUCCAGUAGCGACAACCGUCUUUUUGAUUGGUACCGCAGUGGCCCUGUGGUUGGGUAUUGGAGCAACAUUACCGAUUGAUAAAUCCCUAACUUUAGGUCUUUUUUAA